GAGCAUUUAGGGGACAUUUAGAAAGUCACAGCAUUCCUGUGAGAACAGCAUUGUAUACCCAGAGCCAUCCUCAAUAGAGAAAUCUUGGGGGUACUACAGCAGGCAAGUUCUACCUCCUGGGCAGGAUAUUUGUUCAUAUGCUGUGAAAUUACUGGCAAACUCCCAGGAGGUUUUAAGUCCAUUGGGUCAUUCUGGGACUCAUACAACUCCCCUGAAGAUUCAAGAAAAGGAUAAAGUUAAAAAAUAAGCUUUUAACUUUGACAUAAUGAUGUCAAAGGACUUGUCAAAGGCUUUAUGGGGCUAAAAUUGGCAAAUGUAGAAAUUCAGUACUGCGUAAAGCUGAGAAAAAAGUCCACACAGGGGAAGAAGGAAUCGCUUUUCUGUUCCAAAAUCAGUGGAUAGAAAUCAAACCCUUCAGCAAGAACAGAAGCAACUUCAGCCCUGCAAGCAAAUGGACAACCGGUUCCCUCCAAAGAAAGUUCCAGGUUUUUGUUCUUUUCGCUAUGGACUGUCUCUCCUCCUGCACUGCUGCAAUGUUUUAGUAACGGCACAGCGCACUUGUCUGAGCCUCACAAUGGUAGCCAUGGUGAACAGCACAGAUCCACAUGGCUUGACCAACACAUCUACAAAGAAGCUCCAGGAUAACACGAAGAACCCCGUGUAUAAUUGGAGCCCUGAAAUCCAGGGGAUCAUCUUCAGUUCCAGCUUCUAUGGUGUAGUCUUCAUCCAAAUUCCUGUUGGAUACUUAUCUGGAAUAUACUCUGUUAAGAAAAUGGUUGGAUGUGCAUUAUUCCUCAGCUCUCUGUUAAGUCUGUUCAUCCCACCAGCAGCUGAAGUUGGAGAAACUUGGGUCAUUGCAUGUCGUGUAGUCCAGGGAAUAUCCCAGGCAACAGUAAUAACAGCUCAGCAUGAAGUAUGGGUCAAAUGGGCUCCUCCCCUGGAACGAGGCCGACUGACUUCUAUGAGUCUAUCAGGGCUUAUGCUGGGACCCUUCAUUGUCCUGCUUGUGACUGGAAUCAUCUGUGACUCUCUGGGCUGGCCCAUGGUCUUCUAUAUUUUUGGUGCUUGUGGCUGUGCUCUAUGUCUUCUCUGGUUCGUUCAGUUUUAUGAUGACCCCAACAACCACCCAUGCAUAAGCAUCAGUGAGAAGGAAUACAUCACAUCCUCCCUCGACCACCAGGUCAGCUCAAGUAGACAAUCUCUGCCUAUCAAGGCUAUGCUUAAGUCACUUCCAGUCUGGGCUAUUACCCUUAGUAAUUUUGCUUAUUCCUGGACAAAAAACACCAUGCUUAUAUACACCCCAACUUUUAUCAACUCCGUACUUCAUGUCAAUAUAAGAGAGAAUGGGCUGCUGUCUGCCCUUCCAUAUUUGUUUGCCUGGAUCUGUGGUAUCCUAGCAGGUGAGAUAUCAGACUUCUUCCUGACCAGGAAUAUUUUCAGCAUAAUUGCCAUCCGGAAACUCUUCACCACACUAGGAUUUCUCCUUCCUGCAAUCUUCAGUGCAUGCCUGCCUUACCUGACUUCCAACUUCCAUAGCACUGUCAUUUUCCUGAUCCUUGCUAGUGCAACAAGCAGCUUUUCCUUGGGUGGAGUACUUAUAAAUCCCUUGGAUAUCGCUCCCAGAUAUUAUGGAUUUCUUAAAGCAUUUACAUCUUUAAUUGGAAUAACAGGAGCACUAAUUUCUUCCACUUUGACUGGAUUGAUCCUUAAUCAGGAUCCAGAAUCAGCUUGGUUUAAAGUCUUCUUCCUGAUGGUGGCCAUUAAUAUGAUAAGUCUCAUUUUCUACCUUGUAUUUGGUAAAGCAGAAAUUCAAGAUUGGGCUAAGGAAGGACAACACACACGCUUCUGAAGUUAAAAAAAAAGAGAAUAUGAGCUGAGGAAAUGGAGACAGCCAGGAUAGACAUUCUUAUAAAGGACAGCAGAGAAAUGGCAUGGUAUCUGUAGGGGAAUAUGGAAUCAAAGACAGACUUUUUGUUUGUUUCAGAAGAUAGAUGUAAUAGUAUAUAAGCUGUGGGUAUGAUCCAAUAAUGAGGUUUUGCAAUGUAGGAGAGAAGGGACAAAUACAAAAUUAAAGUACUUGAGUCAUCCAAAGGGGAUGAAAUUCAAGCACCAGUGCAGGGGUUGGCUUUGGAUAGAACCUACAGCUUAUCCAUAGUGAUAGGGAGAAGGGAGAAGUUUGUGCAAUGAGUCAAUAUAUAGGUUGGCAUUAUACCUGUGCAAUAAGCUGUGAGGUUUUUACUUAAGAGGGAGGAGUAAAGAGAGAAAGAAAUAAAAGAAUACAAAUUGGAAAAGAAGGUACAAUUACCAUUAUUAGUGGAUGAUGUGAUCAUUUACCUAGAAAAUCCAAGUGGGUUGCCUAGAAAACUAAAGAAACAAUAAAUUAAUGCAGUAAGUUUCCUGGAAAACCGUUAAUAAACAGAUUUUUUCACUUUAAACAAAAAUAGAUAGUAAGCUUUUUUUAAUUAGCUAGAAUUUAUUUCAGUAAAUUUAUUGAAAAAAAUGAUCCAAAUGAUGUUUGGAGGAAAACUUGAUAAUAUCACUCAAAUAGUGAGUCAGGAUGAAAUUGACUCAGCAUCACCACUACUAAGAAUCUCCAUAGUGGUACACUCACAAUAAUUCGGCAAGAUGCGAGCAUACUCAAGACUACUGAUUAAAAAUGGGAAAGACCCAGAUCUGGAAUUAAACAUUUUUAUCAAUGCAGCCUUAGUUAAUAAAUUUUAUUUAAAUGAAUGGAAUAUAACCAGCAGUUUAAAAAUAUAAAAGCUUAUCUGAAUAUUUUAAUGUAGAAAUGACUGAGAUUGUCCUUAAGAACAUCCAUAAAACAGCACUAGAAAAUAUCCCAUGGGCCUUAGCAAAGGUUUGUCCUCUAUUUCUAAGGUACGGAGUUGGGCACAGUUAUGGGAACAAUCACAUUACUUUAUUGAGACCCCAUAUAUCUUAUUUGAGUUUAUUAUCAGGCGUCCUCAAACUAUGGCCCGAGGGCCACAUGCAGCCCGAGGAGGACAUUUAUCCGGCCCGACAGGUGUUUUUGCUGCAGCUGCCUGUCCUGCUUGGCAGCCAUCUUGUCCCAGGCCCAUAGUGCACAUGUGUGGAAUGUGUGCCGCUUCCUCCAAUGGCCCUCCAACUGUUUGAGGGACAGUGAACUGGCCCCCUGUUUAAAAAGUUCGAGGACCCCUGGUUUAUAUAUUUGACCUAUUUAAUAUUGAACGUUAUACCAAAGUUUUCCAUUAUUGUUAUUUUCUAUUCAUUUUCCUUUUCAUGUCAAAGGAUUUGUACUGAAUACUGUGUUCUAUGUUAUAUUUCAAAAAGAUUUUGACCAGUAUAUCUUAUGGAAACUUAUUUAUGAUUUUAUAAAUUUAUCAGCCUUUUUAAUUUUAUGAUUUUUAAUUUUAAUUCACUUUCUGAUAUUGAUAUGGCAACUUCAAAUUGUGUGUACUAGAAUACUUUGUGCUUAUCCUUAUAAUGCUGUGCUUAUGAUGCUGUGCUUAUGCUUAUACAAUGUUUAUAUAAUGCUGUACUUAUGCUUAUAAUACUGUGUGUGUGCUUAUUUGUGUGUGUGCUGGAAUACUUUUGCAUAGCCUUUAAAUUCCACCUUUCUGAGUCAUUUCAUUCACUAUGCUUUUAUUGCAAAGGGAAUAUAGUUGGGUUCAAUUAUUUCACUCAUUUCAGAAGUUGUCUCCUUUGUAUAGAUGAGAUGAAUCCAACCACAUUUAUUGUCAUUACAAAUAUACUUUAUUUUCUUUCACCUUAUUUUAUAUUUCCUUGAAAGAAAUUACUCCUUAUCUUUGUGAUCUUCUUCCUACUACUGCCUUCCUGCCUGCCACUAGUAAUUCAGAAGAUUUGUAAAAUAUUUAAAAUUUUGAUUGUGUUUACACUCUGUAAAUCUUUGAAAAUGUGUGUUCCUUUUCCAUUUACAUACUAUGUUCUCUUUCUCCUUUCUUUUCACUUCCAAAAUAUCAAAAACAUUCAAUUUUUCUAAUUGCUUUUCUUUGGCCAGGGCCAAUUCUUCCUGAGCCUGUAAUUUCCCAAACAUGGUUUGGGUACAAUUUUCUCCAUCCUCCUGUUUACCUGGGCACCCUUAGCAUCUUCUCGUCAGGCAGGCGGUGGAAAUUUUAAAUACGCUUUUCUGAUAUUAGGCUAGGUAACAGAAGGGCUCUAGGAAUGCCAGUACAGACAGUGCCACAGCGCCAAGAGAUAUUCUUUGUCUUUCUCUUUUUCUCAUGCUGAUGUUUGUUUCUUGAACAACCUGUAUGCUCAGGGCUGUCAGCCAUUUGGCAGAACACAGGCGUUUUAUUUGCAGAACCAGCAGUACUUUUCCCAUUACUCUCAAACUGACCAGUGUUACAAAGUUGGUUACUUUAUAACUUUCCAUUAAGAUUUAAUAAGUUAUAAGAAAAUACGAAAGGGCUGAGUCAUGGCCACGUGGUUCUCCUUUAGCCAGAAGCCACUGCCAACGUGACUGGGGUGCAAGGAUUACAAGAGUCCAUUGAUUCCCAGAAGCCUCCUCUCCAGCCCUGCCUCACGAAAGUAAAGGCAGUAGGGGAAAGGUGGAGUGAGGGUGGAGGAGGGCCACAUCAGCCAGAGCAGUAUUUCCUUCUCUUCCCAUUGAAUUUGCCUAUUCCAGAUUUGGUAGGCAGCUGGAUCUUCCAACGUCACCUUUUCUUUUGGCACUCAGUGUUUUGAAUGUAGCAAAUACUCUUUGUUGGUUUGGAUAUGAAGUAGUUCCCUACUUUUUUUUAAUUUUCUAUUUUUGCUUCUUUGAAUUUAUUUCUGUGGAUUGCGGGGACAAUAACUAUAUAAACUGGCAUGCAUUCAGCCUAUGGAGUUCCUGUAUAGCAGGACAUCUAACUUCUUUUGUUUGAUGGACUACUCAGAAUAUAAUGCAGAAGAUUCUAAAUGAAACUAAAUAUGUUGAAAUAGUUAUCCAGAUACUAAAAAGCACACUUAUGAUAAUACAUGCUGCUGCUUUAUUAAAGCAUUAAUUUCAAAAGAGUGACCAAACCAAUGUAUUUUGAGAUAUUGGUAGUCAUGUGAACAAAAGUUCUCUGAAAAGUGAUUUAGAGGAAAGAGACUUUAUUACCAUGAACAGUUUGCUAAGUGGGGACAGUUUGCUAAGCCUUUGGUGUGAAAGGAAGAUACACUUGGGAGAAGAAAACAAAGGUUUGUCUUUAACAGAAAAAGUGCCCACCCAGGAUCACUUAUGCAAAUGAAGGAUUCAAAUUUGCUUAGUUCUGAUUGGUUGAUGCAUGCUGAGUUCUGAUUGGUCAAUGCAGGUCACAGUCAGUUGGUUGGUUGGUUCAGAUGAAGUAAAUAGUGACAGGCAGCUAUGAAAAUACCAAAGUUAAGUGACUGGAUUUUGCAGGAACUCACUCACAGGUGUGUGACCUCUAUUCAGCAAAUGGCCACUUGGCUCUAUUUUGAAUUUAGGCCGUUAGCCUCUCAGAAUUAAAGGAUUGGCUUUUUCAGAGUUCACAACUGUAAUGUCUUAAAAAAAUAGUGGUGAUUUUUGCUGGUAUCAAAAGACACUGGUACCACCACUACCGUGGUUUGUUUCCUACAUUGGUAAUGGAAAUGUUAAAUUUCAGUCUGAGUUUAGGGAAAUAAUGAUGAAUUUUUUUUUCUAAGAAAAUUCACAGACCUCAAAUUAAGAAUCUCUGUCUUCUAAUAUUCGAUCAGUGACUAUUUCUUAAGCACUUUUAUAGGUACUGGGAUAGAGCAGCGAGCAACAUCAGCACUUCUGUGCCUAAAAGAGUUUUACAUUUUGGCCAGGGGAGAUGAAUAACUAUAUUUAAACAGUUAAGAUAAUUCCAGGCACAGAUAUACUAUAAAGGACAUGAAAUAAGCUAUCAGUGUUCUGGAGAGCUGCUUUCGCUAGAGUACAGUAGGUGACAUUUUUGUUGAGACUUCGGUGAUGAGAAAAAAGACCACAUUAAAAUAAGGGAAAGAGUGCUCCAAGCACAAAAAAUAACCAAGGAAAAUAAUCUGGAAUGAGUGAGCUCAGAAUGUCUAAAAGGGAGAAUGAAGGGCAGGAUGGCUGGAAUUUAGUGAGCAAAGAGAGAAAAUUUUUGAAUGGUUAAGGGCUAGAUUACACAGUGCUUUCAAGUCAUGGUAAGAGGUUGGUUUGAAAUCACUUCUGGCAGAAUCCAUUGGAUGCUUGUGAGGAGGAAAGUAACUUGCCCGAUCAAUGCUUUAUAAAGAUCCUUCUGGCCACCUUCUAGAGAAAGGAAUCCAGAGAGGCAACAGGACAGAAGCUGUUUCAGAAGUUCAAAUAAGAGAUGGUAAUGUGGACUAAGAUGGAGGCAGAGGAGAUGGUAAGAAGCAACCAGAUUCAGACGCUGGCCAAACAAGGCAAGAAGACCGUGAACUGUGCAGGAAAGAGAAGAAUCAAGGAUAGGACCUAGAUUUUGCCUUCAGCAACUAAGGGGUAUUCGCUAAUGAGAUUGGAAGGCUUGCUAGGAAGGAAAACUGGGAUGGGGUUUUGUCCACAUUAAGUUGGCCAUGCUUGUUUAGAAUUCUCAUGGAAGUGUGAACAAAAGUUCUCUGAAAAAGAAAUUCAGAGGAAAGAGAUUUUAUUCCAGUGAUCAGUUAGCAAACCAGGAAGACAACCUCAAGCGUAAAAUGCAAGUACCUUCCAGAGCACAAAAGGAAAGCUCUUUUAUACCAAGAGUUCCUGCCCAGGUUCCCGACCAGAUCUAUUUAUGCAAAUGAGGGAUUGAAAUUUGCUUAUUUCUGAUUGGUCUAUAUUGCUGAGUCCUGAUUGGUUGUUUCAGGUGUCCGAAAGUCCCAAAGAGAAAAUUGUGCCGGUUUUCAUAGUGUGUGACCCCUAGUGGACAAAUGGCAGCUUAGCUCUAUUUUAAAUUUAGGCCCAUUUAGCCACUCGGGAUUCAACUGGAAGGAGUGGCUCUUUCAGGAUCACACAUUUCCCCUGCCUGAUCAAAACCUAUCAGUAGAGAGCGUUUAUGAUCAAAUAGGUUGAUUGUGUUCUAUCUUGAUGCUGGACUGGUUGACUACCUGCUCCAGGUCCAUCUAGUCAUACGAAGGAAUCCUAGUUGGCAGGACAGUGGCUAGUUGAGCAAUUAGAGCCAUUUGCUUAUGAGAGGCACUCAGGUACCUGUUAUAUUUAAUUAAAGUCUCUUGGGUUAAGUUGGUUCCAGUUUCUGGCUGGCGCAAGUUUAAAUUCUCAAGGGUUGGGUAAACACAAUUCUGGUAGGGGGGACUCUUGCAAACAACUGUUCAUAGGCUAGAACAAUUCUAAACAAGAGCCAAAUGCUUAGCCCAAAUAUGAGGAAGAUCAUUAAGACUUGUAAGGCAGAACACAGAAGGGAUCCUAUACCCCAGAGAAGCCAGCCAAAAAUAUCUGGAAAUUGUAAUUUAACCCAGUAAGUCCAGCCAGGAGGCUUUCUGGAGAUGUCUCUUUCAGGGAUUCGCCCAGCUUUAAGAUCAUAGAUGUUUCCUGACUAGAAGCAUCUACCCAGGUGCACCAGGAAGUGUUAGCAACACUAUUAUAGACGAAUGUAAACAAGAAAACUAGUACCUUGAGCAGAGGAAUAUGUGGUUCUCAGUGGCUCUCAGUAACAGAAAAGGAAGUCUUGGUUUCAUGGAACAACUCAGACAUGUCAACAAAGCCAAGAAUACAAAAUCAAAUCAUAUAUGAGGGAAACAUUGCUUUUCUAGAUCUUCAAGAUAUGUAAGCACUUAGUGUCAGGCCACAACAGCAGAGGUGGAACCAGAAAAAGUUAUAGGAGCUGAUGAAGAGUUUGAAGGAGUGUCAUCACCCCAGCCAAACAAAAAGAUACACCUUUUUAAGGGCAGAAAGAAGAAGGGCUACAUUCUCAACUGGAAACCAGGGAAACCACAGUUCACAGGAAGAAAAGUGGCAGAAAUAGAAACUGUUUAUAGUUUAGAAAAUAGCUGUUAAGGGAAUAGAUUUUGGAAUAAAAAAUCAAAAUCUCUUGCAGUUUUACUAAGAGCAAAUCAGUAUUUUGAGAAAACCUUGUUCUAACAUAGAAGACCAAAAAUUUUAAGUUCUGUAUUUGUGUUUUUAACAUGGAAGUUCAAUCCUUAGAAAAACCCAUAAAUAAUUUCCUUCCAAUUGUAGCCAACCUAGUUACACAGAAAAUUCCUUUUAUAAACUUUCUUUUCACUGACUUUUCAUGACUGACUUAGACUAUGACAUGAUGAGACUUUCUGCUUUGUCCUAUACUUUCUAUUUCUUAAAUAACCAUUUUACUCUAGGACAAAAAUUUACCACAAGAUUCUUUCUCAGACAAAAUUAUUCUCUUUUCUAUUCAACCUUUGUGUUAGUCCAUUUUGCAUUGCUAUGAAGGAAAUAAUCUAA